CGAACACUAGCUCUACAUCCCAAGUAUCUGCAGCUCACGCUUGCGCCCUAUCUCGUACAAUACUCAACUAUAUCACAACAUGGCUGUUACCAUCAUUCCAAGUGGUACACCUAUGCCACAGUGGCUGAGAAAUUUGUCGAGCGACGAGGCCGAGAAACUGGAAAGUUGGCCACCUGCACGGCAUGGACAGGAGUUCGAUUGGACCAUUCCAACUAAUGAACAAUACCAUGAUCCAACUAUAAACCGCUUUGCGUCCAAAUUUGCCGAAGCUCGGAAACGCCUGGAUUAUGAAUAUCAUCGCAAUCCGGUAUGUCCUCGUCAGGAACUUCAAGACGCGAUUCUGACACGUGUGCUUGCGGCGAGUAACCCACUGAAGACCACUACUAAACACACGCGGAAACCAUGGCUGGUGUUCACAGCCGGGGCUAUGGGUGCUGGGAAGGGGUACGUUUUGUCUACAUUACACAACGCGGAUGCUUUCCCAAUGUCGCAGUUUGUGAUGAUUGAUCCGGAUAAGCUGAAGAAUGAGUUGCCGGAGAUGGCGGGCUAUUUGCAGGAAGAAGCCGAAUCAGCGGCUACUAAAGUGCAUAGAGAGUCCACCUUCAUGUCUGAUGUCUUGUUUGAAUACACACUGCUGCAAGGGCGAUCCCUGGUUGUGGACGGAAGUCUACGCGAUGUUGAUUGGUACUCUGAUUUGUUUGCGAGGAUCCGCCGAGAGUAUCCGCUCUACCAGAUCGGAAUACUGCACGUGAGUGCAGAGAGAUCUGUAAUCCACCAAAGAGCCAGGAAACGGGCCGAACUUAGUAAUCGCGUCGUGCCUACUGAGACAAUAGACCAGUCCAUUGCGCAGGUGCCAAAGUCAGUUAACACUCUGGCACCACUAGCAGAUGUAGUGUACGAGAUAGACAACGGGGAACACAGUGACUUGACUAUUAGACGCAAGCUGGUCUGGGGCGAGCAGGUGGAGGUGGACCCCGAGGAUUGGGACGAGUUUGCGACUGUGUGGGCGUCAGACGAUGAGAGCGACUCUGACAGCGGAAUGAACACUGAAACCGAGAGCGAGGUCGAAGGCGAUGACAUGGUAUUUUUUGACAAUGUUCUCCCCACGGUUACUGGUAGUACAAUACUUGACCACAGGGAGAUUCCAUUAGACGAUAUUACUAUGGGAAAUACAAUAGAGAAUAUACGGGUGGAGGUUGGUGUUGGGGUAAGGCUGGAGGUUGAUGGUGGGGUAAGGUUGGACGGUGACGGCGGUUCUGGAGAAACGGGGGCUCGAACUGAAUCAUUAGAUAUAGAUAUGUAUGAUCGAGCGGAAGUUCAAGGGUACAGCGGACCUAAGUGGAUCGCUAGUGACUCGCGAUUGGUAUCAAAUGACACUGAUCAGGUGUCAAAUGAAGUGUCAAGGGAUUUUAGACCGGUGGAAGUGCAUCGUAUGGAGAAGACUUUUCGGAGUAGGAAGGGUUCUGACGCAAGUAAGAAGGUGAAGCCUAAAGGUGAUAGAGAAAAUUGGUUGAAGUCCAGCUUGAGUAUGCUGAGUCCCUGCCCGAAAAUGAGAUUGUCAAAAAUCGGCAAAUUGGAACAGAAAAAGAAAAUCAAGAAAAAGAAAAGGAGCAAGAUGACCAAGCAUGUCAAGCGGACGUUAGGGAAGAUGCGUUUAAGUACUAAAUGCUGUAUGGCGACAUGUUGGGAUGAUGCUGGUGUGCAGAAAAAAGCCAACGAUGUCUGGAAACAGGCGUAUCCGAGCUUUUGUCCGCGGUGCACACUCACGGGAGACAGUCAGUGUGGUGUGUGCAUACACGGAGACUACUCGUGUGCAUGUAGGAUAUGUGGUGCGAAGUCUAAUAAGACGAUAAACGGGAAAGAGAAGGAUAAGGAAAAGGAUUGGUAUCACUUGUCAUGUCCGGUUAGGGCCAAGUUCUUCGAUAGUUUGAGGUUUUUCGAUCCCGCGGGGAUGACGAGUAUGAUGACCAAGAGAAUUAAGGAUUAGAGCUCUAAUACGAUGACUAUGCCAUAAAACGAGUAAACAGUAAGCAUCUGUGAUGGAGACGGUCUCCUCUAAGUAGCUAUUUCCUAAUUAUUUAAUACCUCUUUGUGAAUGUCGCAGUUUCUCACACAAGGAAAUGAUAUCUUAGGUAUGAACUCGAGUAGAGCAAAAACCUAGACCCAAGGAUUACAUUACAGAUACAUAAAUUUUAUGUAUAAAUUAUCAUGCAUGACUAAACUGUACUCUUUCUCAG